AUGCUCCGACGCUCUUUCAAGCUGGCGUGGACCCCGAACUACUUUCGGCAGGGGCGUCGCACGCACCACCCCUCCGUGAAGGCAGUCGUCCCAAAACGAGUAGCGGCAACGGCAGGAACGCCGAAAUGUGGGUCGGCGAAGCGCCCCCACAAACCGGGAGAAAACCCCGCAUGGGUUUCUUCCUCGCAUUACGUCAACACGCAACUCACGCGUCUCGGCAUCACCGAAGAAGAGAACUCCGAGAAACGAAGUGCGCGAGAAAGGCUCGUGCGCACCGCACAUGAGCUCCACUCGGAAUGGGAGCAACUUCCGACUCUUUUACCCAUAAAAACACGAGAUGAUCGGCGGGCAUAUCUUUGCUUUCAGACUCUCCAAAAUGUUCUAGGCCCCUUAUCUAGCUUUCUUCGCGCCCCGCUGCAGCCCCACACGGGCUCUUUGGGGGAUUAUCCUUUGAAACGAUAUUGUAUCGUGGAGGAUUCUGAAAUUGUGGAUGGUAGAGCACCUCCACAAGCACCAGUAACUUCUGAAGGAACUAUUCCCUCAAGUAGCUCCCGUGAUUUUGGCCUUACGUUUUUUUCACUUGAAGAUUUGUUUAUUUUCCUCAAUUUGUACCUUCGUGUCGAGAGCGAGGAUGGACGAUUGCUACGACAACUCCUUGAUGAAGUCAAUCGAUUUUUGGGGGGCAAUGGAAUGCCUGUCUUGGGAACCUCGAGUGCGGAGUCUAUGCGAGUCCGUCUUCCUCUUCCGCAGCUCCUCUUCACCUUGUCAGAGAUUGGUAUAGCAGAUGAAUACAUGCUGCAGGCCGUUGUGAGCCGUGCUAUGGAGAGGGAUCCCCACCAACAUUCGGAUGAUCUUAAGGCAAGAGGUCUGCUCUAUUCCAAUUUGCCCCUGUAUGGGGUUCAGGAUCUUUUAGUGUUGAUAGUCGCGCUCUAUCGCUUUGGCAUGCAACAAGAUUACGCGUUUGAGCGAACCAUCAAGGCUUUGCGAGUGCUCAUGUGGAAGUCGGACUCUCCUUUGGCUUACCUCCAGCGAACUGCCAAGAAGUUAGAGAAGGAUUCUUUGAGUCACCCCUCGUGGGGAUCGCGCGACGAGGCUGUCGAAGAAGUGGAAGGUUCAGUCCCCGUGCAAUCUGAGCUAUGGCUCCAGCGCUUUCCAAAAUUUGGAAAAGAUUUGCAAUGCCCCCUCGGAGUGCUAGUAGAGGUGGUUACGGCGCUCAGUGUGAGUGUGUUUCGCCCUAGGGAUGUGCUCGCUUUAGUGGCUAAUUUAUUAGUGGUAUCUGCGCACGUGGAGCUGCAAACUGUGCUGCGUAGUUCUCUCGUAGGCCCUGAGGAGAGGAAGUUCACGAUGCUAGCCAUCUCACAUCAAUUACACCGGGCAGUGCAUCUCUACGAAGAAAUGAACGCGCUUCAGCCGUUGUUAGCUGAGCUGUUUGCAUGGAGCUGCACCGUUUCCAAAGUAGGUGUGUUAAUGGAUGGAGGGGAAGAUGCAGCCAUUCCAUCGGAGUCUCGGGCAUACUACGAUCAUGUUACGGCAGAUCUAGUCAAAGUAAAUCGAGCGUGA